AUGAAGCUGAUCUUCUUGGCGUCGGCGCUUGCCGUGGCUGCUUUCGGCAACCCUGUGAAGCCGCUUUCCACCAAGGUCCUCAAGGAGCUUGAGGUUGCCGGACUUUUACCCCCGCUUAACGAUGCGUCCUACGCGUACGCCCUCGACCUGUCCGCCUCGGUGUCGUUGUCGACCUUCCAGUGCAUCCGCGGCCAGGGCUACAGCACCGUCUUCGUCCGCGCCUACACCCCGGCCGGAAACGGAGCCUACGACCCGAAUGGCGGUAUGAAUGUGAAGAACGCGUACUCGGCCGGCCUCGGCACCGAGGUGUACAUGACCCCUCAACCCGCCGGCUCGAAGACGGCCGCCCAGCAGAUCGAUGAGAUGUACCAGGGACUUAACGCCGCUGGAGUUACCGUCAGGACUGUGUGGAUCCAGGUCACCUCCCCCAUCAACUGGCCCAACAAUCAGGUCUCCAACCAGAACUUCAUCUCCUCCCUCGUCUCCCGCGCCAGGCAAUACAAUAUCGCCGCCGGAGUCUACACCAACACCUACGACUGGAACCAGAUCACCAACGCAUGGUCCGGACUUUCGGGAACCUCCCUUUGGUACUGGUCGGUCAACGGCAACGGCCCCAGCGGAGAGACCAAGCCCGACUUCACCGAUUUCCGCGCCUUCGGAUGCUGGACCCAGGCCGCCGUCAAGCAGUUCGGUCAGGCCGAAUCUGUGUGCAGCGUCGCCAUCAACAGGGACGUCUACAUGACCGGCGCCACCGCCCCCGUCCAGAACGCCCCGGUGAUGGAGAAUGGAAAGAUUGUCGUCGGAAACAACGUCAAGCUU